AAUACGCAAUACGAGGACCGGACCGCCACCACCGGUUUUCCGCGUUUUCGCGUUUUCUGUACUCUCGUGCACAUUCGCGCCCAUCACACCCGUUCCACCGUGCGUUUGCGUAGGACGACAUCGCGCCCCUCUCCAUCCCCCGGACAGCCACUGUCGGUGUUUUUUGUCGACGACUGUCGAAAUCGAAAAUAAUUGUUUUAACAUUUCCCCCGAUCCGGCUGUCCGGCGCAGUCCAGACGAAUUUUUUUUGCACACGAUAUUAUAAUAUUAAUAAUACUGUUCGUCCGUCCGUCCGUCCGUCCGUCGAGUUUGCGUCUUCACGCUAUUGACUGUUCCUCGGCUAGUACUUCGUACGGCAGGCGCGCCGAACAUUUCCGAAUAGGAUCGACGCCGUUCCGGUUGACAUGUCAGGCCCGACCCUCAAGAGACUUUCGGCGCCGCCGUUAUCUGUAUUGUUGUCUGUCAUAUUGCUGUUACAAGUGACAGUGACUGUAGUUUCUGGUCAAGAAGAGGAUUUGUCAAAGCCAGAUCUCGAUAAUGCAAUUUUGGAAGUGUUUCCUACACCUCCACCUCCAUCACCACCAUCGGAUCGGUGUAUAUGUGUACCAUACUAUUUAUGCAGAAACAAGACUAUUAAUACAGAUGGUGAAGGAUUAAUAGACAUUAGGUUUAAAGAAGGUCCGUGUCCUAACUACUUGGAAGUGUGCUGCUACGAUCCAAUGAAAUCGUCUGAGACUACACCUAUAUCUUACGAUGAAAAGCGUACGAAAUGUGGCCAGUGGAACUCUGAAGGCGUAGGAUUCAGAAUAACUGGACACUCCAAUAACGAAGCACAAUUCGGCGAGUUCCCCUGGAUGAUGGCGAUUCUUAAAUUAGAAGCUAACCAAUCUAAAACUUACCUGUGCGGUGGUUCAUUGAUUCACCCACAAGUCGUGUUGACUGCAGUCCAUUGCGUGCACAACAAAGACCCGAACGAUCUGGUAAUUCGUGCUGGCGAAUGGGAUUCACAAACGGAAAACGAACUGUUACCGUUACAAGACGGUGAGGUUUUGAAAAUAAUCAAACAUGAAAAAUACUACGGUGGAGCACUUUUCAACGACGUAGCGCUAGUCAUUGUCACCAAACCGUUCUUACUCAGAGAAAAUGUGGGCACUCUCUGUUUGCCCAAACCGAAUUACUUGUUCGAUAAAGAAAGAUGCUACGCCAGUGGUUGGGGCAAAAAUGUAUUCGGUAAAUCUGGCGUAUAUCAAGUAAUUUUGAAAAGAAUAGAUUUACCGAUCGUGCCACGUAGUUCUUGCUUGGCAUUGUUAAGAAAGACCAGGUUGGGCAUGAACUACAAAUUGCACGAGAGUUUCAUCUGUGCCGGUGGGGAAAUUGGCAAAGAUACUUGUCAAGGUGACGGUGGAAGUCCUCUGAUGUGUCCACUUGAGAAUAGACCACAACAGUUCCAUCAGGCCGGAAUCGUAGCGUGGGGAAUCGGAUGCGGUGACGAGACACCUGGCGUGUACGUGGAUGUGGCCAUGUUCAGAAACUGGAUCGAUGAGCAGAUGGUUAGGGAAAAUUUUGACAUGAGCUUCUAUGAUCCUGAUUACGUUCCACAAAAUUAAAUUUCUCUAAUCACUCUUCUUCAUAUUGACACACACAUACCCUACCGGUUCCCACUCACCCUCUUUCUCUCUCACUCUCGACUCUUUAUCUUUCUGUAUUCACACCACUCGUCGAAUGAAACUAAGGAGACCAGGUUAGGUGGUACAUUCGUAUUGGAGUGUAUUGGUGUGUCAAGUGUAUUUAUCAUUAUCAUUAUUAAUUAUUAUUAUUACAAUUAUACCUACUUAUUACUAUACCGAGCAAAAAUGACGUAUAAUGAGACAUGAGAUGCAAUUUGCAUACGAUCUAUUUGAAAUUUUAGCUUUUUGGUACCUACUUGUACCCGAUUUGUAAAAAUAUAAAACAGCAAGAAAAGCACUGUGUAAUGUACCAAUAAUAUGAUUGACGAAUUAUUUUCUACAUUACCUUUCAAACUAGCCAAUAAUUAGAUCACUCCACUGCAAGGUUCUGCAGUUUUAAUAGUCUCCAUUCACUGAAUUAUAAUUUGUAUGUACCUACCUAUUCUUAUAUAUCACGCAUAUUAUGAUUAAAUCGGCAUAAUAUCGUUGUUAUAAAUUUACUUGUUAGACGUAAAUAAAUGGUCAGAUUUCAGGUCUGAUCUUUAGAAAAUAUUAUAGUUUAAUUAAACGAAUGUAAUUAUAAAUUAUCCACAGUUCUAUUAUUAUAUUAUUUCUAUUGAGUUGAAAAUAUAUAGUACCUAAGUUUGCAUAAUUUAUUUAAAUGUAUAAUGUAUUUGUGUUGUAUUAUUGGACUUUUAUGAAAUAGGCAUCAUUUGAACUUGAAACUUCAAAUUAUAAGCCAAAAUAAUGUUGUAGGGCUUAACCUAAAUAUGAAGUUAUGAAUACUCAGUUUUUUUAAAAUUUACUUUGCACUAUUCUGCCGUUUGAACUAGAAACUAUGAAAUAAAUAAUUAAAAAUAAAUGUAGGUAUGAAUUAUGUUUUGUUUUGUAUUUUAAUGUGCCUGGGUUGAAUGUUAUUUGGUCGCGAGUGGAAUAAUUGCAUUUUGUUAAAAUGUUAUCUUAGUUGUAAUUUAAUAUUUUAAUUUAAAUGUAAUUGUGUUUGUUACAACAAAAUAUAUUAAUAGAAAAACUUUUCAAAUAAAAAUGAUUAUCUUAUUAUUA